AUGAUAGAAUAUAGAUCUGGUCUUGGAGUAAAACCGUGGACCCCUUGGAAACCAAAGGCAUUGGUGAUAACCGUUGGUAUUGCUGCUGGUCUUGGUGUCCUAGGCUUAGCAUUAGGUUUAGGAUUGGGUAUUGGACUAAACAAUAGUAGUCAAAAUUUGGUUUUGACUAUAACUAUAACAACUACAGUAAAUACAACAACUAGUACAACAACAACAACAACUACUACUACAACACGUACAAGAACAACAAGAACAAGAUCAACAUCAACAAUAAUGACAACAACAAUUGUAACAACUAUUGCAACAACAAUUGCACCCACAGUUGCAACAACAAUUGCACCCACAGUUGCAACAACAAUAAUACCAACAACAACAAUUGCAUCAACAUUUGCAAGAACUGCAGCUGUGGGAUAA